AUGUCAUUACAGAAAUUAACAGCAGAAUUAUAUAAUUUAUUUCAAUCUGGUGAUUAUUUACAAUGUCAACAGAUAUUAGCACCUAUUAAAAUUGAAUUAAUUGCACAUGAUUUAUUAGUACCUACUUUGCAAAAUACAACCACUACAGAUUCAAUCAAUGAUUUAAAAAUAAGCCAAAGAAUAUUAGAAAUUGGAGUUUUAUCAUCAUUAUUAAACAAUGAUUAUCAAUCAUUUGAAAAUUAUUUCGGUCAAUUAAGACCAUUCUUAACAAAUUCCAAAAUCAAUCCAUCCAAAAAUUUAAAUACCGAAAUUACUAAAAUCAUAUCAUUAUAUUUAAUUUACUUACUUUCCAAGGGAUCAAUAUCAAAAUUUCACAUAGAAUUAGAAUACAUCUACAAUAGUUCAAACUUUGACGUCUCCAAUGACAAGUAUUUGAAAUUUCCAAUAAUGUUAGAAUCUAAUUUAAUGGAAGGUAACUAUAUCAAGAUCUGGAAUUUAUUGAAAAAUGAUGCAAAUUUACCUUGUCCAGAGUUUAAACAUUUCAUAACUACUUUGACUAAUGCUUUGCGUUUCGAAAUUGCUAAAUCUAUAGAGAAGACAUAUACUAAAAUUCCAAUUUCAAAUUGUAAAAAUUUAUUAUAUUUAGAGCAAGAAAUUUCAGAUAGACAAUUUAAAGAAAUUUUGAAUGAAAAUUUACAAACUGAUAAUUGGAUAAUUAAUGAUGGGUUUAUCUAUUUUAAUAAGUUUGAAAAUAAUUAUGGGAAUUUGAAUGUUGCUAAUGGUGAUAUUAUUGAAAAUGUUUUAGGUUAUGCUGAACAAAUUGAAUCGAUUAUCUAG